AUGUGCAGCGCCACCGUUUCUGUGGCGCUCAGUCGCACACCACCACCACCACCACCACCACCACGACCACCACCAGUGGCGCACAGGCGUGACGCGUCGUGUGAGCGCUCGUGCGCUGCAGUGAAGCGCUUCUCAACGGCAUCGUGUGAAAGGGCCCUAAGGAGUAAACAAGCACUGCUAUCGACACCUGCAAACAAUUCUGCGCUCUGCGGGCCGCCGACAGUCGCCGCCGCUUCCGGCGCACCAGAUUCGCCGCCGGCGCCCAACAGGCUGGAGACUGCCAGCCCCCGCUCGCGGAGCGCGUGUUGUGCCCCGCGGCUCGUUAAUCACGGGAGCGCCGGGUCUGCAUGCGGGCGGCGCCUGCCAGCGGCAGCAAGUGUGGGGCCGAACGCGCGUAAAUCACGGCCGCCCGCACACAGAGCCUCCCCGGCGCUGUCUGCUUCGCCGCAACAUGGUUACCGGCGGCGCACCACACCCACUCUGCGUCUUCUCGAAAACUGA